AUGGGGCGAACAGCCUGUGGAGAUUCAAUGAAUGUGAAGAAGGAUAAUCAAGGGAAAACUUCUCAAUCGGACACAUCUAAACAAGGUGAUGAAUUCCAAUGGGACAGUUACUUGAAAAAGACUGGAUCUUCAUGUGCUCCUGUAGAGUGUUUCAGACAGUCUAAGAUUCCACCAACUAAUGAAUUCAAAGUUGGUAUGAAAUUGGAAGCACAUGACCCUCGCAAUAUGACUUCGACAUGUAUUGCCACGAUUAUUGGAGUUACUGGUGCCAGGUUACGUUUACGCCUUGAUGGUAGUGAUGACAAAAAUGAUUUUUGGAGACUAGUUGAUUCUCCAGACAUACAGCCCGUUGGAACCUGUGAACAGCAAGGGGACUUACUUCAGCCUCCACUGGGAUACAAAAUGAGUACAUCAUCUUGGCCUAUGUUUCUUUUGCGAACACUGGAUGGAUCUGAAAUGGCACCUGCCACAUUCUUCAAGGAGGAACCACCAAUGCCACCUCUAAAUAACUUUAAAGUGGGGAUGAAACUAGAAGCUGUAGACAAAAAGAACCCGGAUAUGAUAUGUCCUGCAACUAUUGGAGGUGUGAGAGGAGACGAAGUUCAUAUCACAUUCGAUGGCUGGAGUGAAGCUUUUGAUUACUGGUGCAAGUACUAUUGCCGAGAUAUUUUCCCAGUUGGGUGGUGUCGUCUGGCAGGGGAUGUAUUGCAACCACCAGGAGCCUAUGGAGAGAGAAAACCUACUAGAAAGAAUACAGGUGAAAAACAGUCCUUCGUUUCCAAACCAAUUCGCAAGUCAAUGAAGCCUGCAAAGAGAGGUGCUGCAGCACUCCCGGCAUCGGCACAGGCACCGGCACCGGCACCGGCACCAGCACCAGCACCAGCACCAGCACCGGCACCGCAGACCAGGAAGUCAGGACGGGUUAAACCUGGACGUCCUCCAGCCCCCAAGAAGGAAAGUUCUGCUAAAACUGUCACACAAAAGAAAAAAGCUCCCAAAAAGCAGGAAAAAGCUAUUCCUGUUGUGUGCUCCACAUCUACAACUUCUGUAAAGAUGCUGACCAGAGGCCGAGGUGUUGAAUAUAAGGAACCCAGUCCUGGGUCAUCUAAAAUAAUGAUGUCUACAGUGUGUGUCUAUGUAAACAAACAUGGAGACUGUGGCCCUUACCUGGAUCAGAAUAAAAUCCAGCGGCUGCCUGACCACUUUGGCCCGGGCCCUGUGAACGUGGUGCUCCGGCGGACUGUGCAGGCUUGUGUGGAUUGUGGUAUUGACAGUAAGACUGUUUUUGGAUUCCUUAAGGCAGAUAAUCGUGGAGGAGAAGUAAUAACUGCCUCCUUUGAUGGGGAAACUCAUUCCCUCCAGCUCCCUCCAGUGAACAGUGCAUCAUUUGCUCUUCGCUUUCUUGAAAACCUGUGCCACAGCCUGCACUGUGAUAACCUUUUGAGUAGUCAGCCUUUUAGUGCUUGCAGAGGUAAUAUUCUUAGUACCGCAGAGGAUGAUAAAAAUAAACCAGUUGAGGAAGAUGUAACUGAAAAACAAACCACCAAGCGACCUUCUGAGCAGCCUCUAUCUGAUGUUGCUCCUCUCUCUCCUAAGCUCCCCAAAAUAGAGAUGCAUGCCUCUCAAGAAGAACUAUUGUCUUCUGAGGAAAACAUCAUGCCUAAAGAGGAGAAGCUUCCUGAAGAGCCACCACUAAGUCCAGAAUAUUCUUUGAAUCCUGCCAGUGGCGAUCCUAUAAGCACUGAUACAGCAGUCUGCAAGAGUGUUUCUGAAAACAUGCCAGUCUCCUUAAGCUCAGCACUAGUGGAUACAUCAUCUAACCAGAGCAUUCCCCCUGAAUUCCAAAUGCAGAAGAACAGUGAAGCUCCAAGUUAUAUAGCUGUACCUGACCCCAGUGUCCUGAAGCAAGGCUUCUCUAAGGACCCUUCAACCUGGUGUGUGGAUGAAGUGAUACAGUUUAUGAAACAUAAAGAUCCUCAGAUAUCAGGCCCCCUCGCCGACCUCUUCAGGCAACAUGAAAUUGAUGGAAAAGCUCUGCUACUACUCAAAAGCGAUGUUGUAAUGAAGUAUAUGGGGCUGAAGUUGGGGCCAGCUCUAAAGUUAUGCUACCACAUUGAAAAGCUUAAAGAAGGGAAACCCAGUUUUAAAAAUGUAUAA